AUGAAGACGAAACAUGAUACCCAACGAAGAACCCAACAGACCAAAGAAAGACUAAAGAAGAAGGAACUAGAAUACCAGCGGGACCUUCAACGAUACAAUGAAAUACUAGCAAAAGGGGUUGAAAAUGAUAUACCUCCCAAGAGAGCGAAAUGCAAGAGAAGAUCACGCCGGCGUGUGGUAAAGAAGAUCCAGCCUCCUCCGAAUCACCCCAAACGUCCCCAGUAUAGCUCUUUGGGCAGUUCGGAAAAGACCCCUAAACAGUCGUAUUCUCCAUCGACAGACCUCCCGCCACAUUUGCAAGAAACUACAACAAAAUCAUUUGAAAACAAAGUACAAUUAAAACAUACUUACCCUGAACUAUUAAAAAUUAUAAACCAAAACUUGUCCCUGAAUACCAUUGAUAUACCGUUGAUCCAUAACUUGGCACCCAAAAACUUAGAAUACGAACUGAAGAGAUUUUCCAUCCCAGCUGAUUUUUAUAACAGCACCGCUGAAUUACCAAAUUAUUCCGAUGCCAACGAAAUUGACUUUUUCUUUGCUGAAACAUUGAAGAGCGACUUGUCGUUAGUUUAG